UUCUUCCGUCUCUGACGCCAUCUCCUUUUCUUGUGUGCCAUGCUUCUGAGGGGCUUAUUUAAGCGCCGCGCUGUGGGCGUCGGCGUCGUCUCUGCCGUCGUCGUCUUCAUUCAAUUGUUUGUCGCGCGCCGUGAUUACGUCCAGCUUGACCGGCGCACUGGACAGUCCCGAAUGGAGCUAGCAGUUUUAGUAGGCAAUGCGCGCGCGACUGAUGCGCCCGCACUCAAUCUCGUUGCUGGCUGCUCUCGGCUAUCAGAUCGCGGUUCGCGUUGCUCGGUUCUCGGUUCUCGGUUCUCGGUUCUCGGUUUUCUCGAUUUCGAUUCGCGGCUCUUUAGCUGGCGGCUUUUCAUUCUUUCGCAAUUGCGUCGCGAACAAAAUUGCGUUUAAUUAAAGUAUAAAGGCCAGAGCUCACCAUUCGGCACUAUUCAUUGUCGUUUUCAUAUUGAUUAAACAUAUUUGAAAACGUGCAUUAUGAGUCGCCACAUCCCUUUGAAGCUGACGCUGGUGCAGGUGCACGGUGCUCACCCACCGCCAAAUCCGCGUGCCGCUCGUACCGAGCGUCGCGUCAAGUUGGGGCUAGGGGUUAAUCAGCAAACAGGUCGCGUACAGUGGUGUCCCGGUCUAACCUGUUGCAAAUUGCUCUUACUGAUUCCAGUGGUGAUGCUGCCAUUGACAUUGGUGCUGCUGCUGCUACUGCGGCUGGACGGAAUGCUGCAAGCGCUGCAAUUAAGCGAACAACGCGUACGCGAGCAACGCAAAGCUGCCAUCUCGGUGCCCGGCUACCUGGAGGACUACGAGUCGCUGCUGCCGGAGGGAGAGACCUACAAUGACCUAAUCAAUGAUGAAUUUCUAUUGCCGCACGCCAAGCGUACACAGAUAGAGUUGAACGCAGCAGAGAAAGCCAAGCGCUGUCUGCCUUAUCGCUAUUCGAAUGGCGAGACACUAGAGCUAGAGGAUCGCAGCAUUUUAAUGAAAGAUGCCCGCACAUCUUUUCUACCCCAUGGCUCUGUGAUUGGCGCAAUGCCCAGCGAGUGCUUCGAGAACGAAAUGACAGACACCGAGAGGAACACUGUGGUCGACGAUGAAGGCUCCGAGUUCGACACCAGUCGCAAGAAGAGCACACCCAAACGGUAUCCGGAUAAGAGACAGUACAUGUCCCAGCGACGGCAGGCAGUGCGGGAGCGACGUGAAGCACAGCAGGAGCAGCAUGUGGAUAAUCUGGAAGCGGAGUUGAUUGAGAGCUCACUGCAGUCUUUUUGGAACGAGCAGGGCACUCGGGAGGAUAUACGUCAAGCCCAGUCGAAGACCAUGCAGCGUUACAUGAACAGACAUGUAGAUCCGUGCGUGGAUUUUUACAAGUUUGCCUGCGGUAACUGGGAGAGGCUGCACCCCAUACCUAAGGACAAGGCGGGCUUCGAUACCUUUGAGAUGUUGCGUGAGAGUCUGGAUUUAGUGCUGCGCAAUCUGCUUGAGAGGACUCCGCAGUCACCAAAUUCAGAGAUGCGAGUGCGGCAAAACGUAUUCAAACUGAACGAGCAGGAGCCGGAAACGGAUCAGGCAUCCGAGCUUCAGGCUGAGCGACUACGUCGGCACAUUGUCCAUCGGCGGCAUUUGCUGAAUCGUGUGCUCGUGCGCUAUAAACGCUUUACCAAUGCCACCAAACGGAAAAGGCUCUUUGAACCAGUGCGCGAGAGGAACAGAGAGCAGGAUACGCCGGCGUCUUCUACGAUACAUAUUAAGGAUAAGGACAAUGACAAAGACAAGGACAAGUACAAGGAGGAAAUGACACCGAUGCAAGUGAAUACCAAGGAGUUCUUGAAACCCAAACACGAUGCUCAACUGAAGGCAAAGAAUCUAUACAAGUCAUGCGUAAACAGCGAGCUGCUCAAUCGUCGCGGCCUAGACCCGCUGCACUCGCUCAUUCGGCAGCUGGGCGGCUGGCCAGUCCUUGACCCGGAUUGGCGUAGCACCCACUUCAACUGGCAGCAACUAGCCGCCACGCUGCGUCGGUACAACAACGACAUACUUAUCGUCCAGUGGGUGGGCGCUGAUAUCAAGAACUCUGAGGAGAAUAUCAUACAGUUCGAUCAAACCGGGCUGGGCCUGCCCACACGCGAAUACUUUCUGCAGCAGAGCAAUGCCAAGUAUUUGACUGCCUACCAGCGUUACAUGUCCGAGGUGAUGCACAAGCUGGGCGCCAGCAAAGCGGAUGCAACUCAUACGGCCACCGAACUAAUUGCCUUCGAGACAAGGCUGGCAGCGAUUACAGCUCCAGCGGAGCAACGACUCAAUGUAACCAAGCUCUACAAACGGAUGACGCUACAGCAACUGAAGGCGACGGUGCCACAGAUUGACUGGAUUGUGUACCUGAGUACCCUUCAGGGACGCAACGUCAACGAGACGGAACAGGUGGUCAUCUAUGCGGUGGAGUACAUGAAGCAGCUGGUGGCACUGCUUGCCGUUACGGAGCCCCGCACAGUGGCCAACUAUAUGAUGUGGCGGUUUGUACGGCAUCGCAUCAACAAUGUUGACGAUCGCUUCGAUGACAUCAAACAGAGCUUCUACCAUGCGCUCUUUGGGCGCGAAGAGAGUCCGCAACGGUGGAAGGUGUGCAUAGCACAGGUGAACACGAAUAUGGGCAUGGCCGUAGGCUCGAUGUUUGUGAGUCGGUACUUUGAUGACAACAGCAAGAGGGAUACGAUGCGCAUGACCCACGAGCUGCAGCAGGCAUUCCGGGACAUACUGAAGACCACAGACUGGUUAGAUCAGACGACUAAGCUGUUGGCCGAGGAGAAGGUGAAUGCCAUGUCCCUUAAGAUUGGCUAUCCGGACUUUAUACUUAAUGCCGAGGAGCUGAACGAGAAGUAUGCUGGUAUCGAUAUACACCCAGAUAAAUACUUUGAGAACACGCUCAAUGUGCUGCUGCACACGGCCAAGAUGGAGCAGGCCAAGUUGCACGAGCGUGUCAACAAAACCAACUGGCAGACGGCACCGGCUAUUGUUAAUGCCUACUAUAGCCGCAACAAAAAUCAGAUCAUGUUUCCCGCUGGCAUACUGCAGCCGCCCUUCUAUCAUCGUUAUUUUCCCAAAUCUCUCAACUUUGGUGGCAUCGGAGUGGUCAUUGGGCAUGAGUUGACCCACGGCUUCGACGAUAAAGGCCGGCUCUUCGAUAGCAAUGGCAACAUACACAAGUGGUGGACGGACUCGUCCAUUCGCGGCUUCGACGACCGCGCCCGCUGUAUCAUUUCACAAUACGGCAAUUAUACGGUCGAGGAGGUGGGCAUAGCUCUCAAUGGCGAGAGCACGCAAGGCGAGAAUAUUGCGGACAAUGGAGGACUGCGGCAAGCUUUUCACGCUUACAUGCGUUGGUUAAAUGAAAACCCCAACGAGGCCAAGGAUGAGAUGUUGCCGGGACUAAAUAUGACCGGACCGCAGCUAUUCUUCUUAAAUUUCGGCCAGGUGUGGUGCGGCGCCAUGCGACCGGAGGCGAUACGCAACAAGCUAAACACAGCCAUACAUAGUCCUGGACGCUAUCGUGUCAUCGGCACCCUCUCCAACUCAUAUGACUUUGCACGCGAGUUCAACUGCGCGGCUGGCACGCCCAUGAAUCCCCAAAAGAAGUGCAGUGUCUGGUAGCCGAAAUCCAUUGUUUCCUAUAGCCUAAGAGUAUUACGAACGAUCCAUUCCUAAACCAACCAGCACACGCCAGUUGGAUCUA